UUAAAGUAACCUUUGCUGUGUCAUAUUGAAGGUCAAUGUGUACCUUUCUUUCAAUUAGAUCUGAAGAACAAGCCUUAUUUGAUGGCAUCUUCAUUGCAAAAGAUGAUGAAGUAGAAAGAUUUGUGGAUUACAUUCAUUCCAACACCAACCAUGUCUCUGGAAGAGGUGUCUGUGGAGGGGAGUGGUCAGCUGCCAGGGAAACUUCUCAGAGAUCCUCUAGUAAAAUUGAUGAGGAGGGACUUGAGCUUGCGGUCUGUCGACAUGGAGUUUUUCUCGGCGCUCUCAACAUGUUCAGGGGAGAAAUAUAUGCUUAUCCCCUCUACCUGCAGAACAAGCUGGCAAAUAAGUCAAUAAGCUUUUUUGCCAUGGAUGUAACCUGCAAGUACUGGCCCUACCUCCACAAAGUGACAAAAAGCUGCCCGGAGCUCCAGCACCUUCUGAGCAUGAAACCAUUCCUCUCAGUGUUUCAUGCCAAAGCCCAUGAUUUUAAAUGCGAGGUUAAAUGGAGUGGAGCUUACCAGCAAGGGGCCGGAUUGACACUUGGGGAGGAGGUUGAGCAGUGUAACGCCUUCCUCUCUAGGAUUGCUGUGACCACAAAGCACAUGUCCAAAGCAGGACGUACAGACAUGCUUACACUGAUGGCCAUGCGCUGGAAUCAGCAAAAGUUUAAUAACUUGGCUGCUUCACUUGCCUGCCGAUAUCAGAAGGCCGCAAAACGCCUGGAAAGCCAACUUCAGGAUCUGGAAAGCAUGAAAAUCCAGCUGGCAGUGACACAGGUUGAAGUUGAGGGCUGGGUCACUGAUAUUAAGGAGUGGGCAGAAGCAACAACAUCCCAAAAGAAUGCCGAUCUUGACGCGGUGACCAGUAGAAUGGAGGUGCUGGUGGCCAGCAUUAAAAGAAGGUCCCAGCGCCUUUACAAAGACACCGAUGGCAGCAAAGGUCGGAAAGAAAGAAUCGUCUUUGACAUCAUUCUCUCUGACGAGACAGUUUGGCCAUGGCAACUUUCACAUGGUGACGCUGUAGAUUUGAAAAUCAAGAGGAAGGCGUUUGAUGUUGUGAUGGCAAUAAGGAGACUUGAGGAGGAGAAGAAGAUUGUUCUUUCUGAGAUGGCAAAGCAUUGGAAAUCUCUCUCCACUCGUGCAGACACACUCAAGGAGAUGUCAUCCCAGCUUUCCAGUGAGGCAUUGCAAAGUGAGCUGUGGGCUCUAAAUGAAGAAGGGAUCGAGGGUUUCCUCAGCUUAACUUUGAGAAAGAAGCAAGAAGUCACCAGAAUGAUGAAGCAUGCAAGAGACUGCUAUGCUCAAGUUUUUGAUCAUAUUCAGUGAAAUCGACACUAUAAUCGCCCUAUUUCUGAUACCGUGGGGGGCAGAAAUGUUCAGUAGCACCUCAAUGCAGUACAUGAGAUCCACGGGGAGGAGUCGGAUCAAGAUCCAAGGGGUGGAGAUGGGUAGGAUUAGGGUUGGGUUUAGGGAUUAGGGGUGGGGUUUAGGGAUCAGGGGGCGGAGUUGGGUAGGUUUAGGUGUAUGUAAGGUGGGAGGAGUUGGAUCUGGAUCCGACUCCUCCCCAUGGAUUUCAUGUUCCGCAGUGAGAACCAUCUCGAAAUGUUGCUGUGGGGGGCCACCACGGUCAAAUCAACAAAGAGGAAACACUGUAAGUCAGAUAUGCUUGAAUAAUAGUAAUUAUCAUAUCUACAUGUUACAUUACAACAAUAAUAAUGAAUGUAGUUAUACAAACUGAAAUUAAUUUAAGAAACUGUUUUUCGAAUAGUCGUCUUCUGUUUAUGGUAGAACAAAACUAUGUGCAGAAAAGUUUACAGGAAGGUGUAAAUAUGUGUAUUUUACUAAUAAUAAUAAACAUAAUUCCACUGA